AUGUCCUCUCCAGAGAUGGCAUCGACGUCCCUCCGCUCGCCCUUUGGGGACUCCGACACACCUAACCUUACCCCGCGCGCCUCUUACCUUGCUUCAUCGGAUCGUGCACCCUCUUCGUCACAGCUCAUUUCACCUGGAGAACGAGUCGAGAGCAACUCCUACGAUGUAGCGGGUGCUGCCACCGCCUCUUCGCCGCUCGCUUCCCCGGACAAUACCUUCACUAGAGAACAGAAAUCUAGACGGCCAAUCAUAUGGAUUCUCCUCGUCCUAGGCAUUAUUGCCUUGAUCUUGGUCAUUGUUCUUCCGGUUUAUUUCGUUGUGGUUCAGCCUAGAAACCGAAACAGUUCUGCUGCGUCUGCGCCAUCUACUGAAGGCCCUGGGGAAACGGAUAACAACAAUACCCCGAACGUCUCUCCUGAGGCUCCUGUCUUGGCAACAACUGGAGGCGAUGGAUCAGAGGUUACUGACGAAGAUGGCAAUAAGUUCACUUACAGGAAUUCCUUUGGCGGGUACUGGGUGUACGAUACCAAAGACCCUUACAACAACGGCGCACGACCGAAUGCCUGGACACCGCCUCUGAACCAAUCAUGGAACUGGGGCACGGAUAGAAUAUUUGGCGUCAAUCUCGGUGGACUCUUCGUUCUCGAGCCAUUCAUUUCUCCCGCCCUUUUCCAAAGGUAUCCUGGCACAAUAGACGAAUGGUCUCUUAGCAUGGCCAUGGCAGCAGACACGGCUAAUGGAGGGUUGGGUCAGCUCGAAGAACAUUACAAGACGUUCAUCACUGAACAAGACAUCGCUGAGAUUGCUGGAGCCGGCCUUAAUUGGAUACGACUCCCGGUGCCUUUCUGGGCUAUAGACUCCGGUCAUGCCCCUACUGCGCAGGAACCCUUUAUGGCGAAGACUAGUUGGAAGUACAUCGUUCGCGUCCUUGGAUGGGCUCGCAAGUAUGGUCUUCGAGUAUGCCUAGAUCUCCACGCGAUACCUGGAUCACAGAACGGCUACAAUCACUCCGGGAAAUGGGGACAAGUCAACUUCCUCUAUGGCAAUAUGGGUAUGGCGAACGCACAGCGCACCCUCAGCUACAUCCGCACAUUUACCGAGUUUAUCAAUCGUCCUGAAUGGCGCGACGUUGUUCCAAUCUUCGGAAUCAUGAAUGAGGCCCUUACUCGCCUCAUUGGCGUAGAUAUUGCUCGUAGCUUCUACCAGGAAACCUACCGCAUGAUGCGUGAAAUGACUGGCAUCGGCGCUGGCAAUGGUCCUUUCAUGGCUAUUCAUGAUGGUUUCCGGGCACAAUCUGAUUGGGCUGGUACAUUCGAUGGCGCCGAUCGGGUCAUGCUCGACAGCCACCCGUACUUUGCUUUCAGUGAUCGGUCAGCAGUCGAGCCAAUAGAUAGCGGUACUGACGAGGACUCCGCUGGUGGCGUAUGGCCAGCCCGAGCAUGCAGUGCUUGGGGGUCGAGUAUGCGUACCAGUCAUACCGCGUUUGGGAUCACUUUUGCCGGCGAGUUUUCCAACGGUUUCAACGAUUGUGGUCUUUUCCUCAGAGGUGUUCCUGGCUCCCACACCUACGGCGGCGACUGUGGCGAUUGGGAAGACUCCAGAAACUGGACGCCCGGCACCAAAGCGGGCUUACAAGCCUUUAUCGAAGCCAGCAUGGACGCCCUUGGCGAUUACUUCUUCUGGACUUGGAAGAUUGGUAACUCCACGGCAGGUUUUGUUGAGGCGCCUUUGUGGUCUUACAAACUUGGUCUCGAGAAUGGUUGGAUACCGAAGGACCCACGAACCGCCACUGGCAAAUGCCAGCGCGUUGGUCAGUCAUUGAGACCAUUCCCGACUACUUAUUCUGCGUGGCAGACUGGCGGUGGUGGAUCAGGCUCGAUAGCAGCGAGCGCUACGGAGGUGUGGCCCCCUGCAGCCAUCUCUGGUGACUCGGGCAUGAUACCCGUCGGCCAGCUUCCCCUUUACACCACGACCGGAACGGAAGUACGGCUCGCAGGCCCUACGAGUAUCUCCACCGCAAGCGAAAGUACGGUGACUGGUGGCCCGAUUGAAGCCAGCGGUUGUAGCUAUCUCAACGGCUGGGACGCAGUCACGGUUGCUCUUCCUGCCGGUGUAUGUACAGGCACUAGUCUCCUUGCCCGCGACAUAGCAACUCCCACACAAACUAUUCUCGAAAUUGCUCCCAGAGCUUCCGUAACACCUCCACCGAAACCAUACCACCGAGCUGCUAGACAUGAGCGAUAG